AUGUCAGGCCGGCCUAGGACCACCUCAUUCGCGGAGAGCUGCAAGCCAGUGCCGCAGCCUUCAGCCUUUGGCAACAUGAAAGUCAGCAGAGAUAAAGACGGCAGUAAGGUGACGACAGUGGCCGCGACCCCCGGUCAGGGUCCCGACCGGCCUCAGGAGGUCAGCUAUACGGACACAAAGGUCAUUGGAAACGGCUCAUUUGGGGUCGUAUAUCAGGCCAAGCUUUGUGACACCGGCGAGUUGGUGGCCAUAAAGAAGGUGCUGCAGGAUAAAAGGUUUAAGAAUCGUGAGUUACAGAUCAUGAGGAAACUCGAUCACUGUAACAUCGUCCGUCUGCGGUAUUUCUUCUACUCCAGUGGAGAUAAAAAGGAUGAGGUGUACCUGAAUUUGGUGAUGGAUUACGUGCCUGAGAACGUGUACAGAGUGGCCAGACACUACAGCAAAGCCAAGCAGAAUCUGCCCAUGGUUUAUGUGAAGCUGUAUAUGUAUCAGCUGUUCCGCAGUUUGGCGUACAUCCAUUCAUAUGGGAUCUGCCAUCGAGACAUCAAGCCGCAGAACCUCCUGCUGGACCCCGAGACAGCUGUACUUAAACUCUGUGAUUUCGGAAGUGCAAAGCAGCUGGUGCGUGGAGAGCCUAAUGUCUCCUACAUCUGCUCGCGGUACUACAGGGCCCCUGAACUCAUUUUCGGAGCCACUGACUACACUUCCAGCAUAGAUAUUUGGUCAGCUGGUUGUGUAUUGGCCGAGCUGCUGCUUGGACAGCCCAUUUUUCCUGGUGACAGCGGUGUCGAUCAGCUUGUUGAGAUCAUUAAGGUGCUGGGAACUCCUACACGAGAGCAGAUUCGGGAGAUGAAUCCAAAUUACACUGAAUUCAAGUUUCCACAGAUCAAGGCGCACCCAUGGACGAAGGUUUUCCGGCCCCGGACCCCUCCGGAGGCGAUCGCUCUGUGUUCGCGAUUGUUGGAGUAUACUCCUACAGCCCGUCUAACUCCUCUGGAAGCCUGCGCUCACACUUUCUUCGACGAGCUCCGUGAGCCAAACCUCAAGCUCCCCAAUGGAAGAGAACGGCCUGUGCUGUUUAAUUUCACCACACAGGAGUUGUCCAAUAACCCCUCGCUGGCGUCUGUACUGAUCCCUGCACAUGCUCAGAACCAGGCCGAAAACUCUACCCAGUCUGCCUCAGCCGCAACAGGUGCCAACAGUGGUGAUCGUGGUCUGAACACCAACGCUGCCUCUGCCGCUCCGAAUCCUUCAACUUGA